AUGACUAUCUAUUCCAAAAUUUUGUUACCAAAUCAGGUGAGAUUUUGAGAAGAUUUAUAGGAAAUUUACAUGGGAUUUGUAUACAUUUUUGAAAUAUAUCCGCACUCAUAAAAUCAAAAUUCCAAUUUUAGACAAAUUUUACGCAACAUUCUUCUUAAAAGAUUAUUUUUAUCAGUUCUUAUCAUUUUUCAACUACAUUUUUCAGGUGUCUCCAAAAUUCGUCCGGUUUCUCUCUUUUUCCCCAAGAAAUGAUGCUAGAAUCUUCUCAUCGCCAGAAGAAGCAGUAAAAGAUAUUCCAAAUAAUUCCAAACUUCUAGUCGGUGGUUUCGGAUUAUGUGGAAUUCCUGAAAAUCUCAUCACAGCGCUCACAAAAACCGGUCAAACUGGGCUAACUUGUGUUUCAAAUAAUGCCGGAGUCGAUAAAUGGGGACUUGGUCUUCUUUUGCAAACUAGACAAAUAAAAAAAAUGAUCUCAUCGUAUGUUGGAGAAAAUGGCGAAUUUGCGAGACAAUAUUUGAGCGGAGAAUUAGAGCUGGAAUUCACACCACAAGGAACAUUGGCUGAAAGAAUUCGAGCCGCUGGAGCCGGAGUUCCCGCAUUUUAUACACCAACUGGAUAUGGAACACAAAUUCAAGAAGGAGGUGCUCCAAUUAAAUAUAGUAAAACGAAAAAAGGAGAAAUCGAAAUUGCCAGCAAACCAAAAGAAACUCGCGAAUUCAAUGGAGUCAACUAUGUUCUUGAAGAAGCUAUUUGGGGAGAUUAUGCAUUAAUUAAAGCAUGGAGAGCUGAUAAAUUAGGAAAUAUUCAAUUCCGUCAUUCGGCUGGAAAUUUCAAUCCACCAAUGUGUAAAGCUAGUAAAUGUACAAUUGUUGAAGUUGAAGAAAUUGUAGAACCUGGUGUAAUCGCACCAAAUGAUGUGAGUUGACUUUCAAUCGUGAAAAAUCAAGUAAAAUGAAUUUUUGCAGGUUCAUAUCCCAUCAAUUUAUUGUCAUCGUCUUGUUCUCGGAAGUAAUUAUGUGAAACCAAUUGAACGACCAAUGUUUGCGAAAGAAGGACCAGUUGAACCAUCGACAUCUGCAGCUGGAAGAUCAAGAGAAAUUAUCGCUGCUCGAGCGGCUCUUGAAUUCACCGAUGGAAUGUAUGCAAAUCUCGGAAUUGGCAUCCCAACUUUGGCACCAAAUUAUAUUCCAAAAGGAAUCACUGUUCAUUUACAAAGUGAAAAUGGUAUUAUUGGAGUUGGACCAUAUCCAAGAAAAGGGCAAGAAGAUGCUGAUUUGAUUAACGCUGGAAAAGAGCCAAUCACACUUUUGAAAGGUGCUUCGAUUGUUGGAAGUGAUGAAUCUUUUGCAAUGAUCAGAGGAUCACAUAUGGAUAUUACUGUUUUGGGAGCACUUCAAUGCUCACAAAAUGGUGAUUUGGCAAAUUGGAUGAUUCCUGGAAAAUUGGUCAAAGGAAUGGGAGGAGCUAUGGAUCUUGUGUCAGCUCCUGGAGCUAAAGUUAUUGUUGUUAUGGAACAUGUUUCGAAAAAUGGAGAGCCAAAGAUUCUCAAAAAAUGUGAAUUACCGCUAACUGGAAAAGGUGUGAUCUCAAGAAUUAUCACUGAUAUGGUAUGUUGUUUUUGCGGAAAAAAAAACAAAUAUAAACAAAUUUUUUUUCAGGCAGUAUUUGAUGUUACUAAAACCGGCCUUGUUUUAAUUGAAGUUCGUGAAGAUCUUACUGUUGAAGAUAUUCGAAAAGUGACACCUGCUGAUUUCACAGUUUCAUCGGAUCUCAAACCAAUGGGUCAAGCCCCUCUUAAUCAGUAAUGUUUUUUUUUUAUUUUUGCAAAGUUUGUAUAGGAAUAUAUUGCUCAUUUUUACAUUUUUCAGAAAGAAAUAA